AAGCUGACCAGUCAUUCCCGACAGACAUGCCACGCACGCAAAGUUCGAUGCGAUGCCGCCAGCCUCGGCGUGCCGUGUACCAACUGCGUCGCCUUUCAGAUCGAAUGCCGCAUCCCUACCCCGAAGCGCAAAAAGGUGGCUAGCAGCAUCGCCCAGUCCAAGGAUUCUGAUAGCACUUUUCCCAGUGGCACCCGACCUCCUGCUGUCUAUCACACCCACGAAGCUACCCCCUUGACCGCCCCUACCGAGGAGCAACAGAAGAAGGAGGAGUUUGAUAAUGCCACCUUGGCCAACUAUAUGAAUCUGGUCAUGAAGCCCAAGUUUACGCGGGCCCCCAUCACCGAGGCCGGCAGGGUGGCCUACCUUGGAGAGUCUUCCAACCUGACGCUGCUUGUUCACGACCGUCAGAGCUCGGCAGAUGUCGUCCACUACCCGCUGCCAGAGAAUAUCAAGGGAUCCAGGGCACGACUGACAGAGCUGGACAAUGUCGAGAUUGAAAUCCUGCACCAGCGAGGAGCCUUCCUGCUCCCGCCAAGGUCCCUCUGCGACGAGCUGAUCGACUCAUACUUCAGAUGGAUCCAUCCCGUCGUCCCUGUGAUCAACAAGACCAAGUUCAUGCGCCGGUACAAGGACCCCAAGAACCCGCCGUCUCUGCUUCUGCUACAAGCCAUGCUGUUGGCAGGGUCACGGGUGUGUACCAAUUCUCAGUUGAUGGACGCCAACGGCUCUUCGACGCCGGCAGCCUUGACUUUCUACAAGAGAGCCAAGGCUCUGUACGAUGCCAACUAUGAGGAUGAUCGGGUGACCAUUGUCCAGUCCCUUUUGUUGAUGGGGUGGUACUGGGAAGGUCCCGAGGACGUCACCAAGAAUGUGUUUUACUGGACCCGUGUCGCCACCAUCGUCGCCCAGGGCUCGGGCAUGCACCGGAGUGUGGAGGGGUCACAGCUCAGCAGGUCUGACAAGAGGUUAUGGAAGCGCAUCUGGUGGACACUGUUCACUAGGGAUCGGUCAGUGGCGGUUGCGCUUGGGCGGCCUUGUCACAUCAACCUCGAUGAUUCGGACGUGGAGAUGUUGACCGAGGAUGACUUCAUCGAGGACGAUACCGACCACCCUACUGGCGAACACCCGCCAGAUCCCAUUCACGUUCAGUUCUUCUUGCAGUAUGUCAAGCUCUGUGAGAUUAUGGGCUUGGUGUUGUCGCAGCAGUACUCGGUGGCGGCCAAGGGCAGGCGGCAGAACGCCAUCGACCUCACACACAGCGACAUGGCGCUUGCGGACUGGCUUCAGAACUGCCCCAAGAUUGUGUACUGGGAGAUGCCGAGGCAUCACUUCUGGUCUGCACUGCUUCAUUCCAACUACUACACCACACUCUGCCUGCUUCACCGCGCCCACAUGCCUCCGAGUGGCUCCCACAGGUUCCCAGAAGACUCGGCCUACCCAUCACGCAACAUUGCUUUCCAGGCGGCGGCCAUGAUUACCUCGAUUAUUGAGAACCUCACAGCUCACGGGGAGCUCCGCUACUGCCCGGCGUACGUGGUGUACAGCUUGUUCUCGGCGCUCAUCAUGCACGUCUACCAGCUCAGGUCACCGGUGCAGUCCAUUCGACAGGUUACGCAGGAUCGGAUCCGCACUUGCAUGGAUGCUCUUAAGGAUGUGUCCAAAGUCUGGCUGGUGGGCAAGAUGGUACACACCCUUUUCGAGUCGAUUCUCGGAAACAAGGUGCUUGAGGAGAGGCUGCAGAAGGCGGCUGGCAAGAGACACCGCAAGGCGCAGCAGAGCCUUUCUCAGCUGGAACAGCAUCAGCGGAUGCAAGAGAAGCGCAAAUACGACGAGAUGGCGAUCGAUUUCUCGGUUAACACGCCACAGCCACAGUACCAGGAGUCUUAUGAACGGUCCCGGCCACAAACGCCCAGUUUCCUGAACAAGGAGCAGAAUCCAAACGCGAUGCCUCCCCCCACCGCCACCGCCACAGCCACGACCUCACCGCCGCCUCACACCCGCAACAACGGCGACGCGUUCAUGGGCGGGACCGCCUCACGCCCGCACACCCGACCGGCAACGCCAUUUAACCCUUCGUUCUCUGUUCCAGCCACGCCGCCGGACCUCUAUCUGGUCACGAGAAACUCACCUAACCUGUCGCAGUCCAUCUGGGAAAACUUUCAACCGGAUCAGUUGUUCCCCGAGGGUGUCCAAGCGCCGUUCCAGGGGCAGUUUUCGCCGCACCAGCACCAUCAGAACAUGGACGCCUCGGUCAUGGCUCAGAUGCAGAACCAGAACAUGCAAGCAGGUAGCCCGAUGCAAAACACGAACAACAACAGCAACAAGAACGGACUGCUCCAGCCGGGGAUGGCUGGGUUCCCGGGGAACCAGGGGGCGAAUAUCUGGCAGACGAACUUUGACAGCCAGAUGGUGGAUGGCAACAGCCCGAGCGACAGCUGGAGCACGAGCUCGGUGCAGGGGCAGCCGCUUCCCUCGACGAUGAAUGUGGAAGACUGGUUUCAAUUCUUUGGGAUCAACGGCGAGGCCCAGCACGGGCUUGGGUUUGAUAAUGUAGCUGCGGCGGCUGGGUUAGGGAAUAUGAUGUAG